UUGUAUAAUCAAAGUGAUCCAGAAGUCGAGAUUAAUGAUGGGGUUCUCUUCUUUAAUGUUUAUCUUUGCUAUUUUAAGCUUUUUUCCAUUUUUAGUAACUUCUGCAAUAGUUGAUAUCAUUAGACCAUCAGAUUUAAUGAGAGAGAACACAACUCUGGUUUCCAGAGACGGUAGCUUUGAAUUGGGAUUCUUUACCCCAGGCAAUUCAAAGAAUCGUUAUCUGGGAGUUUGGUAUAAGAACAUCCCAGUACGAACUGUCGUUUGGGUGGCAAACCGGUGUAAACCGAUCAACGAUUCAUCUGGCUUAUUGACUAUAAACGAAACAGGAGAUCUUGUGCUUUUCGGGCAGAAUAAGAGUGUCGUUUGGUCUACGAGCUCAUUGAAACCUGCCCAGCAACCAUUGGUGCAGCUCUUGGAUAGUGGUAACUUGGUUUUGAGAGAUGAGAAAGAUGAGAAUACAGGGGACUAUCUGUGGGAAAGCUUUGAUUAUCCUACCGAUACGAACAUGCCCGGAAUGAAAAUAGGAUGGGACUUGAGGAGAAAUCUCACGAGGCGUUUAUCAGCAUGGAAGAGUUUCGAUGACCCCUGCAAUGGAGAUUUUACUUACGGAAUUGAGCUUGAUCAGCGACGACAUACAUACCCCGAACCAAUGAUCCGUAAAGGAUCAGCGAAAUUCUAUCGAACCGGCCCAUGGAAUGGCGUAAGUUUCACCGGAACUCCUGACUUGAGACCAAACCCGCUUUUCGAUUACGGGUUUGUGUACAACGAUGAUGAAGUUUACUACAUUUACAACCUCAAAAACAAGUCGGUGAUAUCAAGAAUUGUCAUGAACCAAACAACAAGUGUUCGUCAACGCAUGGUUUGGAUAGAAGCAGAGAAAAUUUGGAAGCCUUAUAACUCAGCUCCAAGAGACCAGUGUGACAACUAUGGCAUCUGUGGAGCAAAUUCAGAGUGUGUCAUAACGAAUAAUCCAGUCUGUCAAUGCUUAAAAGGUUUUAAGCCAAAGAUUGAAGAAAAUUGGAAGGCUAUGUACUGGUCAGAAGGGUGUGUGAGAAGUAGUCCUCUGAACUGCCGUGAUAAAGAGAAGGACGGGUUCUUAACAUUUUCUGGCUUGAAAGUGCCUGAUACUCAAUUCACUUGGGUGAAUAAGAGUGUGAAUAUAAGGGAAUGCAGGGCUAAAUGCUUGAGCGACUGUUCUUGCACUGCUUAUACAAACUCGGAUAUUGGAGAAGGCAGUGGUUGUGUGCUAUGGUUCGGAGACUUGUUUGAUAUUCGACAGUUUUCAUCGGGUGGACAAGAUCUAUUCAUUCGAGUAUCGGCUUCAGAAAUAGAAAAAGCAAGAGCUGGUCGCAAGGUGAAGAAAGCAGUGUUAGUUGUGGCUAUAGUCGUUGCAUUAGCUAGUGGGUUGAUUUUAGUUGGCUAUUACAUUCGCAGGAGAAGGCACAGCUUUUUUGAAGAAAAUACAGAGACAAAUGUAAUUAUCAAUAGAGAUGAAAACCAAGAAGAUGACCUGGAGCUCCCAUUGUUCAGCCUACAUACAAUUAGUACUGCCACUAAUAAUUUUUCACAGAACAGUAAGCUUGGAGAAGGUGGUUUCGGACCUGUAUACAGAGGUAUGUUAGAAGGAGGGCAAGAAUUUGCUGUGAAGAGACUAUCAAUGUGGUCUGGACAAGGAGAUAAUGAGUUCAAAAAUGAAGUUAAACUAAUUGCCAAACUUCAACAUCGAAAUCUAGUAAAAAUCCUUGGCUGCUGCAUUCAAGGAGAAGAGAAACUGUUGAUGUACGAGUAUAUGCCCAACAAAAGCCUUGAUUAUUUCAUUUUUGAUGAAAGGCAAGGCCGGCUAUUAGAUUGGCCUAAGCGCUUCCAAAUUAUAUGUGGAAUUGCUAAGGGACUUUUAUAUCUCCAUCACGAUUCAAGAUUGAGAAUUAUCCAUCGAGAUCUCAAAGCUAGUAAUGUGUUACUUGAUGAAGAGAUGAAUCCCAAAAUUUCGGACUUUGGCUUGGCUAGAACUUUUGGUGGAGACCAAUUAGAAGGAAACACAAGCAAAGUAGUAGGAACUUAUGGUUAUAUGGCACCAGAAUACGCAUUUGAUGGCCUAUUCUCAAUAAAAUCCGACGUCUUUAGUUUUGGCAUAUUGAUGUUGGAGAUCAUAUGUGGAAAAAGAAGUAGAGGUUAUUACUAUGAAAACAAUGGCCUUACUCUCAUUGGAUAUGCAUGGACAUUGCUGAAAGAAGGGAAGGCAUUCAAACUUAUUGACAAGUGCUUACGGGAAUCAGACGAAAACAUAGAAGAAGCAUUGCGUUGCAUCCAUGUUAGUCUUUUGUGCGUGCAACAAAGCCCUAUUGAUAGGCCUAAUAUGUUGUCAGUUGUUCUAAUGCUGAGUAGUGAGAGUACCUUGCCUCAGCCAAAACCACCAGGCUAUUUCACUGAGACAGAUAUGUGGGGAGGAGAUCAAUCCGCUUCAAGAAAGUUUCUAUCAUCAUCUUCAAAAUGUGAUAUGACCAUAUCAGUUGUCGAGCCACGAUAAGAAUUAAUGUAACAAAUCACAGAAUCACAUAUAAAUUUUGAGAAAUUGUAAGAAGAAUCAUUAAUUGGUAUCAUCGAUGUCAAAGCUUCAGACCAUUUAUAUACACAUACAUGAGUGAUUCUUUGCUCCAUACGAGGAGCUAAUGAAAACAUUAAAAGUGAUUGUUAACUUUUCUUCA